CACAUUGAUGUAAUGCUCCAGAGUUAGGUGUUACAAAGUAAACCUAAAAACAGUUAGUUAGUUAAGCUUUACAAAGCUGCAGAAACAAUGGAAUAAUAUUAAUACAAGUAGUAUCAUCAUUCAGGAGACUCUUAGACUACAAUGUCAAGUGCUAACAACAAAGACAACAACAUGAUGUACAUACAUACAUAUAUAUAUAUAUAUAUCAUAAAGUGUUCUCUCUCCACUGAACGAGUUCAGACUUUAUCUUAACACUAAAGAUCCACUUUUUCACUUUGGCCAAAGCAUGUUUAGAUAAUGACGCAUGAAAUGCUUUUCUGUUCUUGUUCUGUGUGGUGUGACCAACGUGUCAGACUGAAGGUUUGGCUCCUUCAUUGAAGCCGCUUCUCUUUGCUUCAGGACAGGGAGCUGAGGUUACAUCGUGUUUAUCUCGGUGUCUGUGUCCUCAGACUGAGACCACCAUGACGUCGUUGGCCCACCAGCUGAAGAGGCUCGCACUGCCUCAGAGCGACUCCAACCUGCUGACGCACAGAGAGGUCGCCUCGCUCCUCUUCGACCCCAAAGAUGCUGCUUCCAUGGACAGAAGCACCUUCUACGCCCUCGGCUGCACAGGGCUGGAGGAGCUGCUGGGAAUCGAACCGGCCUUCCUGGAGUUCCAGGACACCCUGUUCAGCCGGGCCUCGCUGACCCUGGAGCGCAGCGUUCAGUCCAAAGAGGUUAACGAGAAGCUGGACGCCGGCAUCUCGCUCUUCCUCACCCGCCUCUCCCCGUACUUCCUCCUCAAACCGGCGCACAAGUGCAUGGAGUGGCUGGUCCACCGCUUCCACAUCCAGCUGUAUAACAGCGACAGCUUGUUGUCCUGCGCGCUGCCGUAUCACGACACCAACGUGUUCGUCAGAGUCCUGCAGCUACUGAAGAUCAAAGACGCCACCAACCGCUGGAACUGGCUGCAGGGCCUGCAGAAAGCUGGCGUGCCGCUGUCCAGAGGAACUCUGAUCACUCACUGCUACACAGACCUGAGCUUCAUGGACUUCAUCUGCUGUCUGGUCACCGACGCCAUCCAGGUAACGUCACGCUAACACCACGCUAACGUCACUCUGACGACACACUAACACCACACUAACGUCACUCUGACGACACGCUAACGUCACUCUGACGACACGCUAACGUCACUCUGAC